AUGAUGGAAGCUCCAAAUUCAUCUUUACUAGAAGAAGCACAUUUGAUUGAGUUCUGUUAUCCUGACUCAAAUGCCUCUUGUGCGAAAAGUUCUCAUAAUAUGGCAACUAAAACUGUGUUAUAUUCAGUAUUGGUGUUUGCAAUGGCCAUUACGAUUUUGGGGAAUUUUGUGGUCAUCAUCUCUAUUGCUCAUUUUAAACAACUUCACACACCUACAAACAUUUUGGUGAUGUCUCUGGCUAUGGUGGAUCUGCUUCUGGGAAUCAUAGUCAUGCCAUUCAGCAUGAUUAGAUCUGUGGAUGGCUGCUGGUACUUCGGAAAAGAUUUCUGUCUCCUGCACUCUACGUUUGAUAUGUUUCUCACCGGUGCAUCAAUCUUCCAUCUGAUUUUUAUUGCUAUAGAUCGAUAUCAAGCUGUGUGUUAUCCACUUCAGUACCCUACAAGAAUAACUCUAACUCUGGCAUGGUUUAUGGCAGCUCUAAGCUGGACUUUAGCUGCAGCAUAUGGUUUCACUCUCCUGUAUACAAAAGCAAAUGUGGCUGAUAUAGAGGACUUUCUUGAAUCUAUAAGCUGCUUGGGAAGUUGUAUACUUUUGAUCAAUGAACUAUGGGCUGCUUUCAGUACAGGUGCAUUUUUCAUUUUGCCGGUCUGUGUUAUGAUUUAUUUGUAUGCUCAAAUAUUUUUAGUUUCAGAAAAGCAUGCAAAAAAAAUGGAUGGCACAAAACAGGGCAGAGUUGACAUGGCCUCGAACAAAAUUUCACAAAAGGUGAAACAUGAGAAAAAGGCAGCAAAAACUCUUGGGAUUGUUGUAGGGGCAUUCAAUUUAUGCUGGAUGCCAUAUUUCUUUACAUCUGUUGUUGAUCCUUUGUUUGAUUUUACUACUCCUCUAGUUCUUUAUGAAGUGUUUGUCUGGUUGGGUUACAUUAAUUCAACUUUAAACCCCAUCAUAUAUGGCCUUUUCUAUCCGUGGUUCAGGAAAACACUGAAUCUCAUUGUUACACUAAAAAUAUUUGCACCGAAUUCCUCUGAUAUAAAAGUUUAUUCAGCUUAG